AUGUUGGAAGAUGAAGAUAAGUCGAAAAUGUCAUUUGUGAUGCCUUCAAAAUAUGGUUUCAAGUUGCCACUGCCUAAAAAAUCUGUUGUAACUAUCAAAGAGAUGCUAGGUAGAACUGUGGCUGUUGUUGCUUUUUCAGGAUUUGUGACUGAUGAAGAUGUUGUACACCGGGAAUCAACAUUAAGGAACAACCUAAAGAGUGAUAGUCAAUACAAAGUAAAAAGCGGCGCAUCAGUGGGCAAUGUUUGGAAGCAUUACAGUAUUGAAUUAGGUAUCAUUCAUUUUGAUUUGAAGCCUGAAUUUGACACCACUCCAACCACCCACCCUCCAUGUGGAUGUCGCUAUUUGCAACCGUGUACAAAGUUGAUUAAGUUCUAUCGAACAUUGCUUCUGUAA